GUUAAUAUUAAAGUGAUUCAUGCAUGUUUCUCAUUUUAAUCUGUAAGAUUUAAUAACGUUCAGAUUCAUGCAGGCUGUGCUUCUGUUCCCUCAGUUUGAAUCUGAGUCACAUUUUUAAGCCAUAAAACAGAAAAUCUGCUGGAAAAACAUGUGAGUGGAACAUCGUUGAGGUGAAACGGAGCCAAACAUUUGGUGAAGUGAUUUUCAUGAUGCUGAUUCUAAAUAUUAGCUACAGAAACUCUGUUUCCUGUCAGGCGUUAAUCUGAGCAGCAUUAGGACCCUGCAGCUGUCGGCAGCAUAAAUAUAGCAGCAGGAGCAGUGUGUGUGUGUGUGUGUGUGUGUGUGUGUGUGUUGUUGAUCAGAACAGUUGGGGGUCAUGAGGAGGCCUGAACAGCGGAUCGGUUGGUCUGCAGGAACGGACGGAGAACGGGUUCCUCUGAGGAAAAGCAGAUUCAUUCAGGAGGAUCCAGCUGCAGGAAGCUGUUGGCUUUGGUAAACGCCGAGGUUAAGUACGGAGGCCCAGGAGGGUCAGACAGGAUGCUGCAGCUGUGUAAAGUCACCAAGGCUCUGUUCAUCAGCAACGCCCGCUCCGCCUGCAGCGACGACCUGAUCCAGCAGGAGGCGGUGACGCUCUGCAUCAACGUGUCCAAGCAGCAGCCGUUCCCCACCAGCAGCGGCGUCUCCAGGAUGCAGAUCCCCGUCUACGACGACCCCAACGAGGAUCUGUACCGCCACUUUGACCGCUGCGCCGACGCCAUCCAGAAGGAGGCCAACCGCGGCGGACGCAGCGUGGUCUACUGCAAGAACGGACGCAGCCGCUCGGCCACCAUCUGCACCGCCUACCUGAUGAAGCACCGCGGCCUGACGUUGACGGAGGCCUUACAGAGGGUGAAGACGGCUCGGCACGUCGUGGAUCCGAACCCCGGCUUCAUGUCUCAGCUGCAGCGAUACGAGGAGGAGCUGAGGAAGAGGAGCGGAGCCUCCUGAUGAAGCUGCGGACGUUUUCCUCUCUGCUCAGAGUCGCAGCUUGAGUUUGAAUCUGAAAACUGAAACUGUUUGGAGAUCAGACUGAUAAAAACAGGACAGAAACUGAAAUCAAACGAUAAGCAACCACAAAACUAAGAGAUUAGAUUUGAGAAGUAAAAUCCUAAAGACUCAGAAAUACAUAAAUAGAGUUUAUAUUGUAUAAAGUGAAAUGUUGACAUGUUACGUCAUAAGAUGCAGGGUUUCAACUUUAGAUUUUAGUUUUUAAUCAAAUCUGAAAAAUAAACCCAUGAAAAACAAGUAAAACUUUGCAGAAAACAUGAAAUCCGUUAAGAAUUUUAUUUAUUUACUUUAUGAAAAAGCAUAAUUAUUCCUGUGAAAAGUGACUGAAUGUGGAAGUGAAUGUCCAGAAAGUUAAUGAUUUAUUAUUUUAAUUAUGAGAUUUAAAUAACAAACUUCUUUCAUUUCUCCUCUUAAAUAAGAACCAGGUUCCUGAAAUAUAUUAGUUUUUUUUGGGGGUGUUUUAAUUUAUUAGAGCAUUUUUAGAACAAACAUAUUUUUAAAAUCUGAGUUCUGUUGAGUUUUCUGGCUCCAUUUUUAUGUUUUUCUCAGAUUUGAUCUCUAGUUUUUUCUGACCAAAGGAAAGAAAAUCACAGAAAUACAAAAAGAAACUGAAAGUGAUGAAAACAUUUCGUUAAUGAUCGUUUAGAAAAGGAAAUAAAUAAAACUUUAUUAUUACCAUAUUUGGACUCUGCAGGACAGAAACGCUCCACUUUUCCUCCAGCUUGACUUUAAUAACUUUGGUCAUCAGAAUCACCUGAAAUGUAUUUUCUGACAUCGAUCAUUUUGGCCUGAUAGAUCUGUGAUGAGUAGAUAAACAUCUCAUCUGAGUCGGAACCUUUUGAUCUGGAUCACUUUGUGUGAAAAGCAGGUUUGGUUUUAGACAGAAGGUCAGUUAAAGCACAUCAAUCAUUUCUCAACCUUUUAUGGAAAACAACAGAUUUUGUUUUAUCAAAGGAAAAUGCAAUAAUAAUAAAUCCAAUUCCUCAAGUCUAAAUCAAAAAAAGCAUCUUUGUGGAAACUGACAUCAUGAACUGGUUCAGAUAUUUUAUUUGUUUUUGUUUUUCAAACAUUUAAUCAAAAGCACAAAUUUAAAACCAGGCAACUAGAGGGAAGUUUUAGAGAUGAACGUUUUCCUGUUCAGUCUCUAAUUAAACGAAUAAAACUCAGGUCAGGACUCCAUGUUUGUAAAAUAUUAAGGUUUUACUGGCUUCUCUAGGUGAAACCAUAAAGAUGUUAACUGUUGAAACUUGUCAGAAGUUGUUUAAAUGUGGAUGUAGAUGAAUAAACUCGGUGGGUUUUUUAGAUUCGUGAUAUUUGGUGAAGCGUCUGUAGAUGUUCGUAUCUCAGGUGAAUCUUUACUCAGCUUGAAUAAGUUCAUCAUCAUAUCUACUUCAAACUGUGUUCAGUUCUUGGAGCUUUUUAGCGAACAGUAAAUGCCUUAAGUGAAUUUACCACCUGAAUGUGUCACUGUCCCUUUAAGAAAGUGUGCUCUCAGUUUUAACUGGAGGAAAAUGGCAGUAAAUAUAAUAAACAGUUCUGCUUUCUGA